UCUGCUCACACAGACACAGCUUCAGUCGUUUAUUUCAUUCAUAAAACACAAUUUAGAAAACAAAAGGCAAAGGUUUUUACUUUUUGGAUGGAUUUAAGAUUUAGACCUGCAUCUGAGAACGGUGUUCUCUGAUUGGUCCAGUGCUCUGACUGGUGCAGAGCUAUAAAGAAGUGUCUCGCUUCACUUCCAGUAAAGGUGCAUGAUGGGAUCGUGGGGUCUGAGGAAGGCAGCGACUCUGGACGAGCUGCUGCAUCAGUGCAUCCACUGCUUUGAUGAGAAUGGAGAUGUGAACGAACAUGUUCUGCCUCGUGUUUUUCUCCUGAUGCAUCGAUGGUACAUCUCUUCCACAGAGCUGGCCCAGAAAAUACUCUGUUUGUACCGCAGCUGCAAAGGAGAGCAGUGUGAGGAGACUCGGAUGAAGAUGUGCUUCUUCAUGAGGUUCUGGAUCCAAACUUUUCCGGCCGAGUUCAGCUUGGAUCUGGGUCUAGUCCGGAUCAUAGAGGAGUUCAGGGACUGGACUCAGAGACUGGGGUCAGAGCAGCAGAGUGCCCUCCUUGACAUCUCCUCCAUUCCGUCGUUUGAUUGGAUGCGGAGGGUGACCCAGAAGAGGAGGACUCUGAAGAAGGGAAAGGCCUCUCUGCUCUUCGAUCACCUGGAGCCUUCAGAGCUGGCCGAACAUCUGACCUUCAUCGAACUCAAGGCCCUGCGCCGGAUCUCUUUCCCGGACUACCAGAGCUACGUGGUGCAUGGGCAUCUGGUGCAGAACCCCACCCUGGAGCGCUCCAUCUCCCUGUUCAACGGUCUGUCCCACUGGGUGCAGCUGAUGGUGCUGAGCAAACUGACGCCGCAGAGCAGAGCAGAGGUCAUCAGCAAGUUUAUACAUGUGGCACAGAAGUUGCUGUUUCUUCAAAAUUUUAACACUCUGAUGGCUGUGGUGGGAGGCCUCAGUCACAGCGCCAUCUGCAGGCUGAGAGAGACACACUCCUACCUGCCCCCAGAGGUCCUCAAGACCUGGGCUGAUCUCACCGAGCUCGUCUCCUCUCGGAAUAACUAUGGUGCAUACAGGAAGUCCUUCUCGGAAUGCCGUGGUCCGAAGAUCCCGAUCCUGGGGGUGCACCUGAAAGACCUGAUCGCUGUGCAUGUGCUACUCCCUGACUGGACAGAGGACAGUCACAUGAUUCACCUGGGGAAGAUGCAACACCUGUAUGUGACCCUGAACGAACUCAUGACACUUCAGAGCACAACCCCGGGGCUGGACACAGACCCGGAUUUACUGCACUUACUCACGCUCUCUCUGGACCUGUGUUACACGGAGGAUGAGAUUUAUGAGCUGUCUCUGCUGAGGGAGCCGCGCAGCAAGUCCCUGCCCUCCUCCCCUGUCUCCUCCUCUCCCUCCUCCCCCUCCAGACCCCUGGCUCCUCUGGACUGGGCUCAAGGUCUCGUGUCCAAACCAAACCCGACCCUGGUGAAUAAACACAUCCGUAAGGUGGUGGGGUCGGUGUUCAGGAGCUAUGACCUGGACAGAGAUGGGUUUAUUUCUCAGCAGGAUUUUGAAAACAUCGCCGCCAAUUUCCCUUUCCUCGACUCCUUCUGCGUCCUCGAUAAAGACCAAGACGGUUUAAUCAGUAAAGCAGAGAUGGAGGCCUACUUCCUGCGUGCUCUGCCUCUGCUGCAGAAGAAGAUGGGCCCCGGGUUCCUUCACAACUUCACCGAGAUCACCUACCUCAAACCCACCUUCUGUGAGCACUGCACCGGCUUUCUCUGGGGAAUCAUCAAACAGGGAUACAGAUGUAAAGACUGUGGGGUGAACGUUCACAGACAGUGCAGAGACCUCCUGGUUUUGGCCUGUAGGAAACUGCUCCGCUCCAGGUCCAUGGUCCAGGUGUCAACCUGUCACAGCUCAGUGCCCUGCAGCCCCGCCCUCAUCACUACAGAUGAGGAGGACAUCUUUGACUUCCCUUCUCCUGUCUCCCCCUCCUCCCCGUCCCUCACCCCCUCCCUCACCUCCUCACCUUCCCUCACCCUUCUCACCGGAUCGGCUCACAGAAUUUCGGUGAAGCUCCAAAGGUCCACGAAGUCCCAGUCCACCCAGACCGACCCAGUCUGGACUGAGAACCACACCUUCCCCAAACCCAAGGCCCGGCGGCGGGGGAGGGGACGUGGAGAGAGGGGCGGGGACAGGGGAGAGAGGGGUGAGCGAGAAAGGGAUGAGAGAAAGACCAAUGAGACCAGGGCGGUUGAUAAGGAGAGCUGACUUUCUGUGGACCAGACUCAACCAGGACCAAAAACUGGAACCAGAACUCUGCACUCUCUAAGGGGCGUUCUACUGUGUGUCCGAUCCUCUGUGAACCAGGACUGAACUAUAAUUAACAAGGACUAAACGAAAGAACUGAAAUGGGACUGAACCAGGAAUGAACCAAGACUUACACCCUGACUAAACAAGGACUAAACCAGAGGACAAAACCAGGACUGAAUCAGGAUCAAACCAGGAUUCAGCCAGGGCCAAACAAGGUUCAGGAUUAAAGCAGGACUGGACCAGGACUAAGAAAGGACCUAACCAAGACUGAACAGAAACUGGUAUUUUGGGAUCUAGUU